CCGGGCAAGCCGACGCUCGUUCUCUUCGUACUCACGUUCCGGCCGCUUGGCAGCCGCGCUGAGCCGCCCUUCUUCCCGCACGCCAGCUGCCUCUGGGGGCGCACGCAAGCCGACAGCCUCCGCCACAGCGCGCGGCAGAGCAGCCACCAUUCUUUCCAACAGCAGCACAGGCCAGUGCAUUUUCAGCUCUCGUCCUCGCAGCAGAACCUUCGCCAGCGCCAGCAGCAGCAGCAGCAGCAGCCGAGGCUUUCAUUGGCCGUCCCCGCCAGCCUGGACGCUGACGACGGCAGCGAUGACGCCCGGGAGGAGGAGGCACGCAACGGCCUGGGCGGCAGGGCAUCACGCAAGGACAGAGCGCAUGAGGCUGUGGAGAUAGUCGAGUUGUACGAGAAAGGGGAAAGCGCCGACGCGUGGAAUGGCCUCACGCUCGACGAGAUCUCCGCGCUGGCCAACACGCAGUCCCAGCCGCAACAGCAGACUCGGCAUAUUCAGCAACAGCGCCCCGUCGCCACGCCCCACGCAGCAGAAGAGCCGACCACUGCGCCGACGACGCCUAUGCCUAUGCUUGCGCCUCUACCAGUGCUGGUGUGGGAGCCUCCGCGACCGGAGAAAGAGAAAGCGGGAAGCUCGUCCCCCGCGGCGGAUGUGAGCGAGCGAGCUGCUGGGCCUCCGCAAGAUGCGCCCGGGCCCGCUCAGGCCCGCGCUGCCGCCGCCGGGUCAGAGCAGCAGCCGCCGACGAACAAAAAGCGCAAAUCGGCAAAAGCAGAAGCAGAGCAAUAUCCCGCAGCGGCGGAGGGACGCGAGCGUGCUAGUCCUGGCGCCGACCCAAGAGACUCGAUCGUCAAUGCCGUACUCCUGUUCUCCGAUACCCUCACGCGCAAUGUACUGCGGGCUUCUAUAGACGAAGAGUGGCGCUGCCCAGUCGCCGGCUGCGCGUUCUGCUCGCUCCGACUGGCAGAGCUCAUUGCGCACGCACACGCAUGUCGGCCUGCUGCGCACGUACCCACGGCAGCGGCAGAGUUCGCACCUCUCAUAUUUCCGCACGCGGGUACAUCAAUGGCCGCGCUCGGUGCACCGGCAGCGGGCGGGCGGCACUCAACCGUAGCCGACGUGACCAGCGCGUCGGCUGGCAGGCUGCAUGCGAUGGCCGCCGCGGAACCAGAUGCGGUCAUGGACGCGGAGGCAGAUGCAGGCGCAGUAGCGACCGCUGCGUUCGCGUGCGAGCUCGCAGCGGGUCGCGAGAAAGCGCGGCGGCGGAUCGCGAAGCUUGCAAUGAUGCCGCGUCCUCAAGCAACAGGCGACGAGGCGGGUGGCAAGAAGGGCAAACCGGCAUCGAGUGGUCUCUUCGAAAUAUGGUGGCCCCCGUUUAUAGUGUAA